CGGAAGGAAGCGUGCCUCCCGUAGUUAUGGGCAGGGACGCGCCAUGUGGCCUCCUUGCCGCCAGGGGGCAAUGAGUACAUUUCGGUACCAUUUCCUAGAGCACGGCCUGACCCUAGACCUGCCGGUGUGUCUGGAGGUCACCCACGUGCGUGUAGAGCCUGAGUGCAUCAUGUUAUAGAGAAUAUGGGGGCUGCGGUGAUUCGGGGGAUCAGGAAUUUCAACUUAGAGAACCGAGCAGAACGGGAAAUCAGCAAGAUGAAGCGGUCUGCGGCCCCGAGGCACCCGUCCCCGCGGAGCGUCCUGCGAGAGCAGAUGAGCGACCUUACGGAAAUUAAGAGAGAAAUUGGUGGGAAAAAUGACAAGCUGCUGUCAUUACUAAAAGAUGUAUAUGUUGAUUCCAAAGAUCCUGUAUCAUCUCUGCGGGUAAAAGAUGCUGAAACACAGCAAGAGGCAAAGGAAUUCAGAUUGCCAAAGGGCCAUCACUUUGGUAUGGAUAUUAAGAACAUUCCCAAGGGCAAAAUUUCCAUUGUAGAGGCCUUGACACUUCUCAAUAAUCAUAAACUUUAUCCAGAAACAUGGACUGCUGAGAAAAUAGUACAAGAAUACUAUUUAAAACUGGAAGAUGUAAAUUCGCUUCUCAAGUAUUUUGUUACUUUUGAAGUCAAGAUCUUGCCUCCUGAAAACAAGAAAGGAAUAGAAUCAAAAUGAAGAAAAUCACAAGAUUAUUUUUCUUAUGUGUACUUCUCAUCCCCUUGCCUGCUUUUCUCAAUUUUAGAAUAUUAAAUUACAGAAAUUACCAAGUGUAUGAUGCUCCUUACUUUGAGAGCAUACUAUUUAUUGAGUUCUGUUGACUUUUUAGGAUUGCUAAUAGAAAAUGUAUUUUUUUAAAUAUUUAAUUUGAUUUAGGCUUAGUUCCUGUGUAUAUGUCAGUAUGACUAAUUAUAUCUACAAAUUUAUUAUAAAUGAGAAAUAAUGUAUUUUGGGCACAUGAUAACACUAAGUCACAUGGCUUGAAUCCCACAUUUAACAUUCAAAAUUUCACCUUCCAAUUUAGAUUGUUAGUUUAUUCUUUGUAACAGCUUUCCUGACUCCUAGGAUGGAAAUGUUUUCUUUUUCUUUUCUUUUUUCUUUUUUUUUGGUUUUUUGAAAUGGGGUCUCAC